AUGGUGAACACGAUCAAAAGCAUCGUCGACCCCGAAGUCCAGUCUGUCAUUGCUAGAGUGCCUCCUUCACAAGAAUUCCAUCCCUCACCAGCGGCUUGGGAAGACCAGAUCCUGUACUUUCUUCUUCCCGACCGCUUCUCUAACGAUUCAGAAAAUGAUUACAAGGACGUCAACGGCAAGCCUGUCACAAAUGGCUCCACUCCCGGAUACAAACCCGAAGACAAUGGAAAUGCCAUUCGCACGGACGCUGACGCAGCUCGAUGGCGAGCUGCCGGGUCAGUCUUCGUUGGAGGAAGCCUGAGAGGUCUCAAGAGCAAGCUCGGGUACCUCAGUCGACUCGGAGCCACGGCUCUUUGGAUCGGACCGGUCUUCAAGCAAGCGUCCAAGCUACAAACGUAUCAUGGGUACGGCGUUCAAGAUUUUCUAGACAUAGAUCCGCGAUUCGGCACACGAGAAGAAUUGAGAGAUCUCGUCGCUGCCGCACACAAAGAAGGCAUCUACGUCCUGCUUGACAUCAUCCUGAACCACAGCGGCAACGUGUUCGAGUAUGUGGCGGACAGCCCUCACUACAAUAAUGGAGAAACGUUUGAUGUCAAGGGCUUUUACGACCAAGACAGACAUCCAGAUAUACCUCUCGGCAAGGUCGACGAAGACAAGUAUCCGAAUGCGUUCCCCGAUGCGGCCGUCUGGCCGUUAGAGCUGCAAGAGGCCGAGUGCUUCACGAGGAAAGGCCAAAUCAAUGACGAUGGAUGGGAUAGCGCUCCCGAAUACUUUGAUGGUGAUUUCUACGACCUCAAGGACAUAGCCCUUGGAAAUCCAAGUCCAGACAACUUCACCGCCACACCAGCCUUGAAGGCUUUGUGUCAAUGCUACAAGUACUGGAUCGCCUACGCAGACAUUGACGGCUUCCGCAUCGACACUGUCAAGCACAUGGGCGACGGGCCGACCAGGUACUUUGCCAGCGUGAUCCACGAAUACGCACAACUCCUGGGCAAAGACAGGUUUCUUCUAAUCGGCGAGAUCACAGGCUCCCGAGCCUUCGAGACGGUUGAAACCACUGGUCUUGACGCAGCCCUUGGUAUCGGAAAUGUGCAGGAGAAACUUUGGCGCGUGCCCAAAGGACAAGUCAAUCCCAGCGAGUACUUCGACCUCUUCCGUAACGCCUUGCAUCUCAAGAAAGGCAGCCAUACGUGGUUCCGCGACAAAGUGGUGACGAUGAUUGACGACCACGAUCAAGUCUGGCGAGGGAGCUACAAAGGACGCUUCUGCUCGGAGGGCAACGGAGCCAACCUCAUCGUCGCAGCCGUCGCUCUCAACCUCUACACGCUCGGCAUCCCGUGCUUGUAUUACGGCACCGAACGGGCCUUUGAUGGCCAGGGUGGCGAUGACCGAUACAUCCGCGAAGCCAUGUUCGGCGGGGCCUUUGGUGCUUUCCGUAGCAAAGACCGCCACUUCUUCGAAGAAGACCACCCUGUCUGGACGACCGUUGCCGAGCUCGCCAAACUUCGCAGACAGGAAAUGGCCCUGCGCAGAGGGAGACAAUAUCUCCGCGAAAUCUCGGGAGACGGCAACAAUUUCGGGCUGCCGACCAUCGUGGGCUCCUCACCCAUGCAUUCUAUCAUCGCAUGGUCCAGGCUCUUUGCCGGUCAAGAGGUGUUGUGUGCUAUAAAUUCAGAUCCUGGCACGAAGUUGUCUGUCUGGGUCACCGUGGAUAGGGAAGUUCAUCCGCCUGCAAGCACGCUGGGGAUUUUGUUCCCGACGAAGAUAAACGGCAAAGAUGACGUUCCAGAGUCUCUGACUAUUGAGGAUAGGAAUGGGAGGUCGGUUGCGCUAGUCACAGUUCCUCUGGGAGGAGUCGUGGUUUAUAAGUAA